AUGGUACCAGUUCUACUCGGAACAAAUGUUCUUACCCAUUUUAUGGAAAGAUGUAGGGAAUGGUAUGGUGAGAGAUACUUACAACAUGCUCCUUUGACGACGCCAUGGUACACUUCUUUUCGCUGCAUUUCUCUUCGGGAAAAGAAGUUGGAGAGGAACGGAUAUUACCUUGCAGUAGCACGGAGUGCAGAGUCCAGCAACAUUGUUAUUCCGCCUAACGGAAGGAUAGACAUACAGUGUAAGUUGGACAGGGAGGUUUAUUACCCGGAUGUCUGCGCCUUGAUGCAGCCCACUUCAUCUUCUGUCAUCCCUGAGGAUAUGGAUAUAGCACCCACGAUACUUACCUACAAUCAUGGUAGGAAUGAACUUGUAUCCGUAAAUGUCUCCAACUUGACUACACGGACUGUUAUUGUACCAACUCGCGGGAUAGUUUGUGAACUACAGCCUGUACGAGUCCAGCACCCAUUACAUGGAGUGAUACCUGAGGAUAGGAAGGAGGAGUCCCCAGACAACUACCUCGACAAGGUGACCUUUAAUGUUGAGCUGGAUGAUGGAUUACUGAGGAGAGGAAAGGAGGUGUUAUCGUAUUUUCCAGAUGUUUUCUCUGCGGGAGACCUUGACCUUGGCCAUACUAUUGAAUUCCCUCAUCGGAUUGAACUUAGCGACCCUACACCAUUCAAACAGAGGCAUCGGAGAAUACCACCUGCCAUGGUCCAGGAAGUGAGAGAACACUUACAGCAGUUGCUGGCAUGCGGAGUUAUCAGAAGAUCAUGCUCACCCUGGGCGUCCGGUGUAGUCUUAGCCAGGAAGAAGGACGGGUCUUUACGCAUGUGUAUCCACUAUCGCCAACUUAAUCAGAGGACUAUUAAAGAUGCCUACGCUCUCUAA